AUGUCCCACAUCCAUCCUCGGCCGGCGCUGUGGCUUGUCGGCAAGGGCCGUGGAAAUUUCACCGGAAAUUGUGUGUCACUGCUCUCAUGGGCAUUAAAGGGCAAGUUUGACGUUUAUUAUGGCACAGGGUUUGGGGAAUCGACGAAUGGUCGCGAGAUGAUUUUGACAGAAGACAACACUUGGGUGCGGAAUAGCGAGGCAGGGAAUGGAUUUUACGGAGAGCUUGUCAAUCAACUAAGGAAAGAGAACGGAUCACUCGCUGCAUAUUGGAGAAAAAUGUGGAUCGUGGGGUAG